AUGAGAGUUGCCGUCACCAACCCCGAAAAGGAUGACGACGACGCCCAAAUCGAACAGCCAACCGGACGUUCUGGCGGGCUCGCCAGGGCUCCGGCCACUGAAGAAGUCAAGCAGGGAGACAACGUACUACACGGCAUUACGGAAAUCGAGAAGAUCCUUCCGCCUGGGGAUAAGUAUACCGCGGGAAGAAAAGGCAAGAAGGAAGCAGCAGCGAAGCCAGCAAAGGCGGCGGAGAUAGGACAAGGGGAAGUCAUGGCGAAGGCAGCAGAGGGAACAACGAAAAAGAUGGUUGAGCCGCAUCCCGAAUCAGAGAUUUUGCGGAAAUAUAGAAAGUCGUCUGAUCAUCCCAUCCGGCCCCGAUUCACGACAGCGCGCAAGCCAGAAGAAGGUCUCCUCGAACACGUCCAACGCGUUGUGUCUGGCAGCAAGACCUCAUCAGUCAGCCGUACCUGGAAAUCACACCGGGACGGCGACCAUUUGCAGCGGCUUGGCGUUGGCGUAUUGUGUGAUGCUGUUGCACAGGAACUAAUGGACGCCAACGAAAACGCCGACAAGCCGAUCCGCCAUCAAUGCGAGCCCGGUUUCGAAGGCGUUGGACGGCGUCUCAUUACCAUCGAGCUGACGAAUGGCUUCGAGCCGUCGCAAAGCAUGGUGGACCGGGCCAUCUACAACGCCGGGAGGAGUUUUUAUCGAUCCAUGAUGACGGGGCACCUUCGCCACUCCUCGCUGAUCCUUCAGUUGAUCCAGAGGAAGGACUGGAAGAAGCCCGACGACGAUUGGGCCCCGGUCAGCAAUGAAAUCGGUUGGCUGUUCAUUGUGCCCAACGCGACAACAAUCCCUCCUGCCGAGCUCCCAAUCGAACAGCUG